UUGAAGAGAAAAUUGCAAGGGAUCUAGAAUAACGCUGGUUAUAAAAAAUUGUAAAUAACAGCAGGUAUCGUAGCAAGCUUACGAUUUGCAAUUUUGGGAAAAUUAUGAUUUCCAAAUAUUUCAUAAAAAACUUAAACAAUAACUUGAUUACUGUCUAAACUUCAUAUUCUCACCCUGAUUUUUACCAAGCAAGUUGAAUGACAUAGAACGUAAUAUCCAAGGCAACGGAUUUAAAACAUUUUUAAUUUUAAUUGCGUAUAAACAUGAACAAACCGAUACUAAAAUGGUCUCCUACACUAGCCAUCCACAAACCGGACAAUAUAGUCUCAUCGCAUGCAAAACCGGCCUUCAAGCCUUCAUAUGAGAACGAAGCGGAAAAUAUGAACUUCAUAAUGUCCAAUGAGUACAUGAGGAUGUGGUUUAAAGAGAAACAAUUGCAUGAGAAGGAUACUUAUGCCAGAGAUCAGAUCAUCAAGAAAGAGCGUAAGAUUAAGAGAAGGAUGAUCCAAAGGAUGAUGACAUACAGGAAACCGUCAAAAAAUCAUUUCAUAGACGACUUGGUUCAAAGGUAAUUAAUUAUUAAGGAAUGUUGAAUACGAUGUAGCAGAAGUACGCCGUUUUUAUAGACAAAUGGGACAAA